UAGGCGGGAGUGCAAGGUCGGAUAUCCAAGAAAUAACGUUCCUGCUGCUACAACUUCCUUCCAUGUCUCCUUUGACCCGUAACUAAGCUUUGUCGCUGCAGAAGUGGAUUGUUUGUUCCUCAAACCUUAAACAUCAGACCUACUGUAAUCUAAUCAGAUCUCCCUAAUCAAUUUACCAAAUCGAUGAAAACUCCAGGGAAUUCUAAUGACUCCGGUCAAAUCUGUCAGAACUUAAUCCAAACGUGUAGAAGGGACGUUCUCAGAAAACGAUUCAUAGUCCGAUGGGGCCUGCUAUUGUUUUUUAUAAUUUUAGUCGUUCAUUUACUUGGAAAAAGUGUUAUAAAACUUGAUAUAGAUUAUGAAGAUCCUACUCGUGAUAAAAUCAGUGCCGAUGCUAACACAGAAGGUGAUGAGGUCGUGUUUAAUCCUCGGAAGAACAAAGGAGUAAACGAAAAUCUAAAAAAUCUAGCUGACUUACAGCCCCGCAAAACGGAGGAACUACAAGAAGUGGCUGUUGCAGUGGAGCCUCAGUUAGUACAUGCGUUUACAGGCAAAACCAACUUACCACCAGUUUACUUGGACUUUGUGGAUAUGAAUCAACCGUGGGAUAAAAAGCUUGAGGAUUCAAUAAAGAGCGAAUGGAAGAUGAACAAGUACUUGAGCGACAGAACACCACUAAACCGCGACACAGAAGAUCUGAGGCACGCUACCUGUGGGGAGAGAACCUACCAGCACACUCUCCCUGCUGCUAGCAUCAUUCUGGUGUUCUACAACGAGGCUCUCAGUGUCUUGCUCAGGACUGCUUACACUGUGCUUAAGGAGUCAGACCCCAGGUUGGUUCACGAGAUCCUGCUCUAUGAUGACUGCAGUACAAUAGACGAACUUAAGAUUCCUUUAGAUAGACACAUUGCAAACUACCCCAAAAUCCGACUUGUAAGAGCAGUAGAACGAGGUGGUCUCGUCAAAGCCAGACUGUACGCGUCCAGAGCAGCUAGAGGAGAAGUCAUCCUCUUUCUAGACGCUCACUGUGAGCCGACACCCGGGUGGCUGGAACCCCUCCUGGAACCUAUUGCCAAGGAUAGAACCACAGUCACAGUUCCUAGUCUGGAUGAUAUCAACUGGGAGACGUUAAAGUACGCUGGAGCGGAGACAGUGUAUGUGAUAGGAGGGGUUAACUGGCUGAUGAACAUGUUGUGGGCUGCUAUCCCAAAGAGGGAGGAGAUGAGGAGACAGAAAGAGAUCCGUAUCCUAUUACGGGGAACUUGAACUGCCAGCAUGGCCGGGGGACUCUUUGCUAUGGACAGGCAAUAUUUCAAAGAACUGGGCGAAUACGACGAGGGUCUGGGUGUUUGGGGCGGUGAAAACAUGGAGCUUUCCUUUAAGAUCUGGAUGUGUGGUGGCUCAAUGAUAAUGGUACCUUGCUCAAAAGUGGGUCAUAUCUUCCGACCCUCCCACCCGUACGACUUCAUGGGCAACACCGGAGAGGUGGUCACUAGAAACUAUAUCAGAGUAGCUAGAGUUUGGUUUGAUGAGGAGCUGGACUUCUUUUUCAAGAUAAGACCACACUUCAAGGACAUAGACGUGGGAGAUAUUUCAGAGAGACUUGCUAUAAGAGAAAGGUUAAAGUGUAAGAGCUAUGCUUGGUUCAUUAAGACCAUUUACCCGGAGCUUCCACUGCAAAGAGAUUUGAUCGGAGCGGGUCAGUUUAGAAAUGAGAAUAACAGGUGUAUGGAUACACGGGGAGGUGACCUCCGAGGGGGAGGGGUCCUACAUCUGGGGCCAUGUCACGACAGGUCAGGGUAGGGACUCCAACUCUAACCGCUUCAUGAUGUUCACAAAAGACGAGAAAAUGAUGGGGCUCAACUUUUGCUGCGACAGUGGUUAUGCAGAAGGGCUGCAAUUUCACACCUGCCACAAUCAGGGCGGAGCUCAGGGAUUUCAGUAUAAUGCUGAUACCAAACAAAUCAGGCAGAACAAUGGGAAGUGUGUCACAGGAGAUGAACAAAAACAGUUGGUAACAACAGCAGAGUGUAGGCCGGAUGAUAAAUCCCAGAGAUGGGACUUUGAUUACAAAUAUUUUUAGGAGAUCAUUUUCAAUGUUAUUUUCAAUGUUAUUUUCAACGCCAAAUUACUGAUCAAAGAUAUUGUUCAAAAUCAAAUUUGAUCAUCACAA